AUGUCAGGAAAUUGCGAUGAAAGAGGCCAAUAUGAGGAGCAUGAUCAUUACUGGAUUGCAAAGAACAUCACAGAUUUGAUGAGUCAUCUUCAAGGAUACGAUCGGAGAAUUAGGCCAUUUUUUGAAAGUAAGACAUUAUUGAAGUGUCUAUACAGUAUCAAACAGUCUGUAUAGCAGUGUAGUUAGUGCCAAUAAUAGGAAGGGCUUUGCUCGAAACGUCGAAGUUCUCCUUGUAUUUUUCAGGUAGUUGCAUCCCUAUUACUGAAUCCGAAGUUCCCUGUCCACUAGCAGAAACUGAACAGAUUUGAAAUUGCUCUCAAUUUUGCAAAACAGCUAUUAGUAUCCAGUUUUCGAUAUAUAUUGCUUAUUUGGGUACUUAUAAUGUAGAAUAAUGAAAAAAAAUUCUCGAUCUCAAAUUUUGUAAACCGGGGGGAUGUCUUUUCCAACAAAUUAAAAAUGGCUUGCGCACGAGAUUUAAAAGCUUUAAUCGUAUGUUGAGAUAAUAAGUGAAAAACGUGUUGGGUGUUUAAUUCCGGCACGAAAUUUCAGACAAUUUGCUUCAGUUUAAGCCCUUUAACUAUUCACGCAAACUUACAUUUUUCCGUAAAAAAUAGCUAUUUGCAUACUUAAUUAAUGCCUUUCUCUAAUUUGCAUACUAUGUCAGCAAUAUGCAAAUUAGGUAAAGGCAUUAAUUAUUCAUGCGAAAGGCUGAUUUUUUAGGAAAAAAUGAAUGACUAAAGCAAAUUGUCUGAAAUUUUGUACAGUAAUUAAAACCCCAACAAAUUUUCCAUCCAUUAACUCAAAAUAUGAUUAAAUCUUUUAAAUUUCGUGCGCGAGCCAUAUUUAGUUUGUUGGAAAAGACAUACACCCCUGAUUCACCAAAUUUGAGUUCGAGAAAUGUUUUUCAUUGUUCUACAUUAUAAGUACCCAAAGAAGCUAUAUACAUAAAAAAAAACAUGAUACUAAUAGCUGUUUUGCGAAAUUGAGGGCAAUUCCAAAUACACCCUGUAUAGUAACACAUCAGCUUUUGGUAGCAAACCGAAGAAUCGCUGGUAAUGAGCAACUAUUUACAUUCCCCAGUAUAGAAUUCCGUUAACUUGCUUUUUCCAACAUAAAAUGUAUUCCACUCAAUUGGUUUUCAUAUUAAGCAAUUCAAAUCACAUCAAGGGAACUGAACUUAACAAAUAGACUUAUUCUAAAAAUUGCCGUUUUCAGUUUCAAGGAAGAGGCAAGUUACCUAAUUAACAAAAAUUUUAAAAAUACGUUUAUGUCAUUUCAAAAAUACAUCUCUUUGACGCAACCGAAAACAAUGAAAUAUAUUUUCAUUUUCAAAGCUACCAUUCAAAAUCCGUGCACCUAUGCAUAUGAAAGGCAAAAAUGAAUAUUUCAUUUUCGGCCCCACGUUGGUUUUCAAUCAAUGUUAUAUUUAAAGACAGUCUGAGAAAGAUUGAACUUUAAUAAACCGAAUAGAUUGGAUUUUCAAAUAUUUUAAAUUGAAAUUUGACCGCUGUAAACUAUUGUAGAUAAAACAUUUCCUUCAAAUUAUUUGCUCACCGCGGAAACUUUAAACUUUUUGCUCACCGCGGAAACUUUUCGUCAAAACUUGUUUAGAACGAGUGCCAAUGACUGUUCAAGUUAACACGUAUAUAACAGCUUUGGGAUCAUUUGAUGAGUUGGAUAUG